AUGGAGACGUACCAGCUGCGAGUGGCGCAGCUCCACCCCAUGUCACUCUACCUCCUUGCCAUCUUCUCCUUCCUCUGCGAGGGAUUCGUCGAAGUGAUGACAUCGGUGGCAUUGUUCCGGAACUACUUCUACCCCCACAUCGAGAACAAGAAAGCGAUGUCGUCGGGGCACAUCGCGCCGCUUCAGCGUCGUUCCCUCCCUGCGUGGGCGUACACGGGGGCCGGAGACAGGACAUGCCUCCGCCGGGAGGGCCAGGACAAGGGGUCGCUCCAGGUGUGGGUGAGGGGGAUCUCUAGCGACGAUGCUCCCUUCGUGAAGUUGCCGCCUGGGGUCUUCGCCCUCCACGCCGGCGUUCCCGACUUGAGCAGCCUCAUCGGCUCCUUCCCACCCUACAACGAGUGGGGACUGAUGGACAAUUCCCCCACUCAGUCCCUGCGCUCCCCUCCGCCCGCACCCCGCGGGAAGCCGGCGCAGGAGGAGAGCGGGAGCGAGUCGGAGGCCGGCCAGCCCCACGACUCGUCGUACAACGACGAGACAGGCCGGGUUGCCGCUGCCCGGGAAGUCAUCCUCGUGGAUGACAAGGAGGAGGACGACGACGACGACGCGCCCGUGAUCGUGCGCAGAUCAUGGGCGCGCGCGGCGGCCACGGCUCCCUCCACGGCAGCGGCGGUGGCACCCACCCCCGCGGCGGCCCCCGGCUCCACGACGGCGACCGCCCCCGCCGCGGUCUCCGGCGCCCCGGCGGCGCCCUCCCCGGCCGCGACCGCGGCAGUCGCCGGGGCCGCGGCAGCAGCCACAUCUGCAGUGGCCGCCAGCACCGUGGCGGCUCCUUCGGCGGUUCCCUCAGCGCCCCAGGUCGCGGCGACCCCACGGGCGCCAACGGCCCCGCCCGCACGAGGGCUCUUCCGGGGCUUCGCGCUCCGCCGCAACCCCUCGAAGGCUGACUCGUUGGCAGGCGCCGGCAAGAGAGGGAGGGGCGAUUCUCCGCCUACCGCGCCAAGCAAAAAGGCACAUACGGACGCCGGCAGCGGCGCCGACCCGGCCGACACGGGGACCAGUGCACCUGCCGGCGACCUCGCCCUGAUGGAGGUGGCGCCGGCAACAGGCGAUGCUCCGCCCGCAACAGACCCCCUGGCGACACCUGCCAGGACGGAGGAGGAGGGGGAGGCUCCCCCCGCCAGGCCAGUGACCCUGCAAGGCCCAAGUGCGCCCGCAUCGGAAGCAGGCGCUACGAUGACUGACCUCGACUCCGACGUCGAGGAGCGACAGGAGCUCUCCCGGUUGCGGGAGGAGACUCGCCUCGCCCGAGAAGAGGCUUGCCUCGCCCGGGAAGCCCAAGACGAGGCCACAGUUCCGGUCGUCCCCGAGGAGGAGCUCGACGGGCAGUUGGAGGCUCAGCGCGCCGAGCACCAGGAGGCCCUGGGCUCGCUGAAGGCGGCGCAAGAGAAGGCAGAGGAGGAGCAUAGAAAAACAUUCGUCACGACCCAGGCCCACCUCGACGAGAAGAGCGACCUGAUCACUAGCUACGCCGGCCAGAUCCAGGGCCUGCGCGUUAAGCUGGAGGUGCAGACCAAGGCCACCGAAAGUGCGGUGACCGCGGCAGCCCGGCACGAGAUCCAGCUCAACACCGCCAAGGAGAAGGUGGCCUGGCUCGAGACCGAACUGGACGCUGUCCGGGAGGAGCUCACUAAGGCCGGUGAGGACAAUGCAGCCAAGGCCGCGGAGCUCACGUCGCAGUUUUUUAAUUCUGCUUGA